AUGGAAUCUGGGCAAAGCGCGCAGGUUACCGACAUGGCGGGGGAGCACUCCGCCGGGGCCAGCGUGGCGGAGCGGGACCGGACCGACGUGUCCAGCCCCAGUCCCCCGUUCAAGCAGCGCUCCCUGCGGGCCGUGUACGUGCUGAACGACGGGCUGAAGGCGGUGAUGGCGAGCAGCCCCGAGUCCGGAGCCCUGCAGUGUCUGCAGAGAGCCUGCGACUCCGAGAGCGCGCUGCUCACCACCGUCACCUUCGGGAGGCUGGACUUCGGGGAGACGUCGGUGCUGGACAGUUUCUACGAUGCAGACAUCGCCGUGGUGGAUAUGAGUGACGUGUUCCGGCAGCCAUCUUUGUUUUAUCACCUGGGCGUCAGGGAGAGUUUCGACAUGGCCAACAAUGUCAUCCUGUACAACGACACCGACCCCGACACUGCGCAGUCACUGAAGGACAUGGUGGCGCAGAAAAACACGGCCACUCGUCCUCCAGUGUUAGGUUUCCCGUGGGUUCCGUUGCCUCCAGAGUACAGAGGCUCUGGAUUGCGCGAUAAAGCCUCCAGUGGGAACUACUACUUCAUCCCCUACAUCGUGACGCCCAACCACGAGUACAUGUGCUGUGAGAGCGACGCCCAGCGCAGGGCCAGCGAGUACAUGCAGCCCAGCUGGGACAACCUGCUGGGACCACUGUGCGUCCCCCUGACCGACCGCUUCACCAGCCUGCUGAAGGACAUCCACGUCACGUCCUGCGCGUCCUAUAAGGACACCCUGCUGAACGACAUCCGGAAGGCCCGGGAGAAAUAUCAGGGCGAGGAACUGGCCAAGGAGCUUUCCCGCAUCAAGCUCCGGAUCGACAACACCGAGGUCCUCACGCAGGACAUCGUCAUGAACCUGCUGUUCUCCUACAGAGACAUUCAGGACUAUGACGCCAUGGUGAAGUUGGUCCAAACCCUGGAAAUGUUGCCGACUUGUGAUCUGGCAACUCAGCCCAUGAUCCAGUUCCAUUACGCCUUCGCUCUCAAUAGGAGGAACAGUCCUGGUGACAGGGAGCAGGCUCUCACUGUGAUGCUUCAGGUGCUGGAGUCGUGUGAGCAUCCUGCGCCCGACAUGUUCUGCCUCUGUGGACGAAUCUACAAGGACAUCUUCCUGGACUCUGACUGUAAAGACAUGAUAAACAGAGACAAUGCCAUUCAGUGGUACAGGAAGGGCUUUGAGCUGCAGCCCACUCUCUACUCCGGGAUCAACCUGGCCGUCCUGCUCAUCGUGGCCGGGCUGCAGUUUGAGAGCUCGAUUGAACUGAGGAAAAUAGGUGUGAGGUUGAACAGUUUGCUGGGACGAAAAGGAUCCCUGGAGAAGAUGAACAACUACUGGGACGUGGGACAGUUCUUCACCGUCAGCAUGUUGGCCAGCGACAUCCCCAAAGCUACUCAGGCUGCAGAGAAGCUCUUCAAACUGAAGCCUCCUCUCUGGUAUCUGCGGUCGGUGGUGCAGAACCUGCAGCUGAUCCAGAGGUUCAAGAAGCAGAACCUGGAGCAUUCUCCUCAGAGGGAGCGACUCAACUUCUGGAUGGACAUCAUCGUGGAGGCGACGCAGCGCACCACCAACCGACUGCGCUUUCCAGUGUUGAUUCUGGAGCCAACGAAGGUUUACCAGCCGUCGUAUGUGUCCAUCAACAACGAGGCAGAAGAGAAGAACGUCUCCAUCUGGCACGUCUCUCCUGCUGAAACUAAGGGUAUACACGAGUGGAACUUUACUGCAAUGUCCAUAAAAGGCAUCAGCAUCAGCAAGUUCGACGAGCGCUGCUGCUUCCUCUACGUCCACGACAACUCCGACGACUUCCAGAUCUACUUCUCCACUGAGGAGCAGUGCGGUCGAUUCUGCUCCAUGGUGAAGGAGAUGAUAUCUGAUGGGACAGGAAAUGCUGUGGAGCUGGAAGGGGAAGGAGAUGGAGACACGCUGGAGUACGAGUAUGACACCGAUGAGACGGAGGACAGGGUGGUGCUGGGGCGAGGAACCUAUGGAGUGGUGUUCGCUGGGAGAGACAUGAGCAACCAGGUCCGGAUCGCCAUCAAGGAGAUCCCAGAGAGAGACAGCAGAUACUCGCAGCCGCUUCACGAGGAGAUCGCUCUUCACAAGUACCUGAAGCACAGGAACAUCGUCCAGUACCUGGGCUCUGUGUCUGAGAACGGAUACAUCAAGAUCUUCAUGGAGCAAGUGCCUGGAGGAAGCCUGUCGGCGUUGCUGCGGUCGAAAUGGGGUCCGCUGAAGGAGGCCACGAUCAUCUUCUACACCAGACAGAUCCUGGAGGGGCUCAGAUACCUGCACGAGAACCAGAUCGUCCACCGAGACAUCAAGGGUGAUAACGUCUUGGUGAACACCUACAGUGGCGUCUUGAAGAUCUCCGACUUUGGUACCUCCAAGCGUUUGGCGGGAGUCAACCCGUGUACAGAAACGUUCACCGGUACGCUGCAGUACAUGGCGCCAGAAAUCAUCGAUAAGGGCCCUCGAGGGUACGGGGCCCCGGCCGACAUCUGGUCCCUCGGAUGCACCAUCAUAGAGAUGGCCACCGGGAAACCGCCCUUUCACGAGCUCGGGGAACCACAGGCGGCCAUGUUUAAGGUGGGCAUGUUCAAGAUCCACCCGGAGAUCCCAGAGUCUCUGUCGCUGGAAGCCAAGUCGUUCAUCCUGCGCUGCUUCGAGCCCGACCCCAACAAGAGAGCCAUCGCCUCCGACCUGCUCAAGGACACGUUCGUCAGGCACAACGCGAAGGGCAAGAAGAGCAAGAUCGCCUUCAAACCAUCAGACUACAUCCAAAAUGUUUCCCUGCCGGUGCAGUUGCAGUGCGAGGCCACCGGGAGCAGCAGCAGCGAGCCCGGCUCCGUCAGCCCCGACUGUGACUCCAAACACGACGUUUUCUUCCUGAAGAAGAAAAGCUCGCCCUCCGAUAACCUGCUCAAACCCCCCAACUCCAACUACCUGAGUGUGCCAGAUGAGGGGUCGGUGUCCGAGGACCGCAGUGCCCCCCCCUCCCCUGAGGACAGGGAUGGCGGCCUGUUCCUGCUGAAGAAGGACAGCGAGAGACGCUCCAUCCUCUACAAGGUCCUGAAUGACGACCAGGACAAGGUCAUCUCCUACCUCAAAGAGAACCACAUCCAGGGCAUUGAGGAGCUCCAGCUGUCCGUGGAUCACAUCAAGCAGAUCAUCUGCAUCCUGAGAGACUUCAUCCAUUCCCCCGAGCGGCGCGUCAUGGCCGCCACCAUCUCCAAGCUCAAGCUGGACCUGGACUUCGACUCCACCUCCAUCAACCAGAUCCAGCUGGUGCUGUUUGGCUUCCAGGACUCGGUGAACAAGGUCCUGAGGAAUCAUCACAUUAAGCCUCACUGGAUGUUCGCCAUGGACAACAUCAUCCGGCGGGCGGUGCAGGCCGCCAUCACCAUCCUGAUUCCAGAGCUGCAGACGCACUUCGGCCCGGCGUCCGAGUGCGACGGUGCAGAGAAGGAAGUGGAGGUGGACGAGGAGGAAGUGGAGCUCGGUCCCGUUUUAGCUCCGCACGCCGACGACCCCGCCGCUACGACCGACCCCACCCACUCCGCCGUCAGCACGCUAAACUCCGCCCACUCCCACGAGCACCAGCGCACCCCUCUGCAGCUGGGCGCUCAGCUGGGACGACUCAAACAGGAAACUAACAGGCUGCUGGAGGAGCUGCUGCUAAAGGAGAAGGAGUAUCAGCAGGUCCUGAAGGUGACGCUGCAGCAGAGAUCUCAGGACAUGGAGCUGGUCAGAGUCCGACACAGACCUCCAGAUAUUUCACCUCCGUCCAUCUUCCACGUCCCAGCCGACCACGAGCCGGACAAGCAGCUCGUGGACUGGCUGAAGGAGCAGGGGGCGGACGCUGACACCAUCGAUAAGUUUGUGCUGGAUGAAUACGUGCUGACGGACAUUCUCACUGACGUUACCAAAGACGACCUCCGCUGUCUACGUCUACGGUAG